UCUGUGACUUAAGUACUUCAUGGAGUAUACAUUCCAACCUUCUCGAAGUUGAUAUCUUAUCCAGUGUCCGAGAUGGUGAUUCAAAAUGUCAAGGGAAAGUGCAAUUUUUAAAUUCCACAACGAUUCGCGCCAAGAUCGAUAAGAAUGAAUACAAUACCCUAAAAGAGUUUCAACUUGAUUUUAUUCGUGCUUGUAGCAACUUCAUGUCUGUCGACCAGAAAAAGUAUAAUUUUGGAAAAGAAUUCAUUCUACUGGGUUUACGCCUGAUAGAACAAGCUACGAAAGAAAUGACAAAUAGUAAACAAAAUGCAGAUAUAGCAGAUAUAGCAAAUAUAAAUCAUGAAAUUAUAAAAAAACCACAAAAAAAGGCGCUUGUUCAAUCAACGACAAAUGGGCAUUUGUUUUCAAGUUGUUCUCUAAAGCAACUUCCAUUAGAAAACCAAAAAUUCAAACUAGUCGGUGAUAUCAAGGAGGUAGCAAUCGUCCCGCUACAUUCAAUGAAUGAACACGAUAUUCCAAGUCUAGGAUCAAUUCUUCCAAAUACGACUAAGAAGGAAGAAAAUAUGCUGUCAAAAGAACCUGGUGUUCCUGGAGUCAAAUUUCAUGAAUACAAGCCUUAUGGGUCUUUCGUUCCGAUAUAUAACUCGCGUGAUGCUUUAAUGUCUUAUGAAGAUACCGUGGCAGCGUCCGCGCUCAUGAAUGCAAACGAACUUAUUAGUCAUUCUACAAACCAGCUCAAUAAGAAAAGCACAGAAAAUAAAAAUGAAUCCUUAUCCAAAAAAAAUUCUUGCGAAUUGGUAUCAAAAAGCAUGUCUAAUUCGACUAAGGACGUUAUUUCCAUCGAAAAUGACCGUUUCACUGAACAGAUUCAAUGUCUUUCAUCAAAACCAUUAAAGAAUCUGAAUGAAAUCUCAACAAAUAAUACAAGCGGGAAUUUUGAGGACAAUGAUGUUGAUAUGUUCUAUAAACUAGUUGAAAAUGAUAACUCGAAUAUGUUUGAUUUAAAAUUAGAUGAAAAUGUUGAAAUCUUUUUAGAGUUACAAAAAUUACAAACCGAUAGAUUUAUAAAAAAUCCCCACAAUAUGUCAGAGAAAGAAAAAAAUUUAGGCUUGAAGCUGCAGAAGCGACUGGCCGAAAUGAUAUCCGAAGUUCCGCCAUCCGCACUGGUAACUCACGAAGGCAUAGAGAAAGCUAUGGCACAGUUACCUAUACGCGAAACGGCAUUCAAGGGAAUGCUUCCGAUAAACAAAAGUCACGCAUAUCUACAGAAUGAAAAUUCCCGUAACCCUCUUUACGGAUCUACAAAUGCAGUUCGUCUUUCUGGUGUUAAUACGCCUAUGCACCAUAAUGAGCAGCAACAGCAGAAUAUGAUAGCUAAUGGAUCAAUCCACGCAACACCAUCGCAUCCGAUUCCUAGUGUGACACAACCAAUGAUCAUGGGAUUACCACCUACAAGGGCUCCAGCUACACACAUACCGAUGAAUGUCCCCUAUGGGAUGGGUUACGGUGUUGUCG